AUGGCGAUGGGAGACGAGUCCGAGGUGGUGCACCUCCAAGAACAUCUCCAAAUGCUUGAGGAGCGAAACCGAGCCCUGGAAAUGCUGGAGGAGAUGCAGUCGAAGAUGAUGGCGCAGUGGGAGAGCCAAGUCCGGACGGAAGGCCGCGUCGACGAGCUCGAGUGCGAGCUGGAGAAGUCCAGGGAAUCGGAGACCCGCAUGCUCGAAUCGUUGACCUCCCAGACCAAGCAACUAGAGCAAACCAAGAUCCUGCUCGAGGAGAUGAAGCUGGAAGUGCGGAUGGUCCGCACCGCGUCGAACUCGCCUCGCAAUGGAAGAGACGAGGCCGGCGCGCUGCGGACGGAGCUCCGCCUCGCGCUGGCGGCGGAGGAGAAGAGCAAGCGCGCCAUGGACGGCCUGGCGCUCGCGCUGAAGGAGGUCAGCACUGAGUCGGGCUGGCUUAAGGGAGAGCUGGAGGCUGCGCGCGGCGAGGCGGAGAGGGUGGGCACCGCGCUCCGCCUCGCGGAGGUGGAGGCGGGGCGGCUGAGGGUGGAGGCGGAGGAGUCGGUGGCGGCGUGGCUGGAGAAGGAGGCCGGUUUCCUGGAGUGCAUCCGGACGUGCGAGGAGGAGCUGGAGGCGGCGCGGAGGGACUGCGCGUGUGCGGAGAGGAAGCAAAGGGCCGCCCGGGAGGAGGCUUCCAACCUUCGCGACAUCGUGAAGCAGGCGAUCAAGGAGGCGUCGGUGGUGAAGGAGGCGCUGGAGAUCGCGCGAAGGGAGAACGCGCAGCUGCAAGACCUGCUGGAGGCGGUUCGGCGGGAACUGGAGGAGGCCAAAGCCACGGAGGCCGCGGCCCAUCAGAGCGUUAGAGACAUGAAGCUCAUGCUGGUGUCGCCGCCGCCGGCCACCGAGCAAGGGAUGAAGGUGAAGCGGGCGGCGAAGUACCCUUCGGAGAACUGGCGGCACCGAUCGGCGGGAGGGGAAUUGUUCGACGCGGUUGAGUACUCGCCGAAGCAGAGGAAGAUGACAACAGCGGAGGAGGGCGCGGCGACGGAGGACGGGAGGGAUCCGCCGGCGCGGCAGAAGCUAAGAAGAGGCAGAUUCUGA